AUGAAGUACACAACUCUUUUCGCCGCUGCCGCGGCUAUUCUAGCUAACAGCGUCAACGCUGGUGUCGUUGGUGCUGCCCAGGGUUUCGCCAAGGGCGUUACUGGUGGUGGCAACGCUGCCGAAGUCUAUCCUAAGACCAACGACGAGCUGGUCUCGUACUUGGGUGAUAGCGUGCCCCGUGUCAUUGUCCUUGACAGAACGUACGUGAUUGAUUCCCACCGAGAGGUCUCGGGAUAUAGGAUCUACAUGACUGACACCACGGUCUUGAUACAGUUUCGAUUUCACCGGAACCGAGGGCACCGAGACUACCAGCGGUUGCUCUCCCUGGGGAACCAACUCCAAGUGCCAGAUUGCCAUCAACUUGCACGGCUGGUGUGA